UCUAAUCACUUUGGAAUGUUUAAAAAGAAUUCCCAUUUAUAUCUAGCAAUAUUUAAUUCAAGUCUAUUAUGUUAAACUAAAUGACAUUGAAAUAAAUUGGAAUAUAGUGAAAUGUAAAGUAUCAGCAAUUAAGAUGGAGUUCGAGCGAGUCGUCGUAUUUUUUACACAUAUUUCUGGAUGGAUUAUAUGUAUGACACCGACAUUGUUGACAGUCCAUGUUGCUGGUUUAGAAGAUGUAGAACAAAGACAAGUGUACAUAAAAUCAGAAUUACCGAAUCAUCUGGUUAUAAGUAAUAAACGUACAUUUAAAGUGCUAAAACAGCCACAGGAGUGUUCGUAUAGAGACCUGAAAAAAUGUCAUAGCGACGAGAAUAUGCACAAUAUUUAUUACGAAAGAUGCUUUAGUGAUGUGUGCUCCUUAGAAAGCUAUUUUUGUUUAAAUGUCCCCUAUGGAAAUUCAAUACAUUUGUGUGGACAAACUUACCCUUGGAGUAAACGAUACAGAAAUAUAGCGGUUCUUGAUUCAGCCGUAUCCGGGCAUAUUGAUGUGUAUAAAAUUGAAUGUCCGGCUGGCUACUUCCAGGAAAACAAAAGAAACGCUUUUGCUCCAUGUGUAAAGGAUGAAUCCUUAAUUGUCGUCAGGAAUUCCACAAAUCAAAUACCAGCUUUAGGGAGAUGCAAUUCGCAGAAAAAUUACUGCAAUACCCAUGGUGUCAUCUUUUUCACAUUGGGUUCGGAUGAAGAUUCCUGUGUGGACGCAAAGUACCAUCUAAAGAUAAAAUGCAGUCCAACAGAGGAGUUGAUGCCAAACUGCAUCUGCGUUCCAAAGUGUCGAGCGGGUGAAGAAAGGGUUUGGGAAGGAACCAACAUAUGCAGAUUAAUAAGUGAAAGGUAAAUGCAUAGGUAACACAUAAUGUCUUUUAAGAAUCUUCUAAGAAUAAUAAAAUGGUGCAUUACAUGAGACGCACAAUCCGAAUUCAUU